UGUCUCAACAUCAUGUCUCUCAUACUCUAUUCCCUGGCCUCUGUCUGUGGUGUGCUCAGGAAUGGAGUGGUUAUCUGGGUGACCGGGUUCAAGAUGAAGAAAACUGCUAACACAGUUUGGUUCCUCAACCUUGCUGUGGCUGACUUCCUCUUCACUGCAUUUUUGCUGAGUGUGACUUACACAGCUUUGGAUUUCCACUGGCCUUUUGGCAACUUUAUGUGCAAGCUGUACACCACCAUCAGCUUUCUGAACAUAGCCAGUGUCUACAUUCUGGUGGUGAACAGUGUGGACAGAUGUGUGUCAGUGGUGUGGCCUGUCUGGGCUCAGAACCACCGAAAUGUACGCAACGCAUUCUAUGUGAGUCUGUGUGUUUGGGUGGUGGCUUUGAUUCUCAGUGCUCCAUACUUCAUCUUCAGGGAACUGAAAAAGACUGACAAAAUCUUCUGCUUCGACAACUAUGCUCUUUCUGAUGACUUUGAAACACCAUCUGUGAAAAAGUUAGGGCAAUUUCAUCAUCAGGCCAUUAUCCUUACCCACUUCCUCCUGGGAUUUGUAGUGCCCUUCACUGUCAUUGUCUCCUGUUAUGCUGUCAUAAUUCAUCAUCUCAGAGGUCUUGUUAGGCAAUCAAGGCGCCCUUUUAAGAUUAUUCCUGCUAUUAUAAAAUUUUUUCUAUGCUGGGCUCCCUUUCACAUAAUGGUUCUAAUUGAACUAGUGAAAUUCACAUCUGCUACUCACAAUCAAAGAUUAGAUUAUGUCACAGCUACCGGGAUGCCUCUGGCCACAAGUCUGGCUUUUCUUAAUAGCUGA